AUGUCUCUGGAGUCGCUCCUGUCAACGAGACUGCUUCGAGCUGUAUCGCUCAGCGAUUCAGUAUACGAUGGAGUCAUUUUGGUGACAAACUGCGCAAAACUUGUGGCCGAAACUCCAGUGCUGAAGGGAGUCUCAGAAGCUGUUCUAGAUUUCAUUGAGGUCCAUCGAGGAGCGCUUUCAUCGUCGAACAUAGUCCCAGUUGACAAGCGGGUAAUCCCUUCCGGCCGGCUUAUUCUUGCCGGUACAGGGCCAGUGAACAGAGAUUUUGAUGACGUCCGUCGUUUCCAGACAGCAGCACGAAAUGGAGUAAAAUUGUGA